AUGAAGUGUGACACAACAGCUCAACAAAUUAUCGUCACGUCAGUUGAAGAAAAAACAAUGUUGCAUACUAUGAACUGCAACUCAUCGAAAGAAAUGUGGGACAAGCUAGUGUCUAUUUACGAACAAAAAUCUGGAAGCAGCGUGUACAUGCUACUGCAACAGUGGUAUAGUUUGCAAAAGAAACCAACAGAUGACAUACUGACUCAUAUUGCUAGAAUUGAAGAUCUUGCACAUCGCUUGCAGAUUCUUGGUGAGCAAAUACCGGAGCAAAUGGUUGUUACAAAAAUAUUGAUGAUUUUACCAGUGGCAUACAAAUAUUUUGUGAGGGCAUGGGAAUCUGUGCAGGCAAGUGGACAAACACUUAGUAAUCUGAUCUCCGGACUUGCCAUUGAGGAAAAUGGAAUACAUGUAAGUGAUCGGGGUGAAAGUGCAGCAUAUGCACCAAACAAAAGGUCUCAUAAAAAAGGUGGUAAAAAAUACAACCAUUUUGGAAAAUCAAUCACUUGA